AUGAAUCAUAAACAGCGGAGAAAAAUAAAGUCUCCGCCCUAUAGGAAGAGGCGGCAGUUGCCAACUUUGGAUACUUUAAUGCCAACAGAGUCUGUGCUUGCAAACUUGCAGCCCGUCAAAGAGGAAACAAAGGCUGACCUCGUAGCGGACAGUCCAGAGUGUGAAUCAAACGAUGCCUUCAAAUCUGAGGUGGAAAGGUUCAUAGAAAUAUCAAAAUACUUUUCUAGUCCUCUUCGGAAAACUGCGUCGUACAUCUGUGAGAAUCGCCUCGUGUCCUACCCAAGUCUAUUCAGAUUGGAGUUCAAGAGAGGAGUUAUAAAUACAGAACACAUCAAGUUUUGCAAUAUCACCCUAGAGCCGGUGUACAUAAAGCUGUUCAAGGUGAUCCCUGACUUGGAACAAAUCAGGUUCACGAACCUGUCUUUAUCUCGAUGUAAAAGGAUUCCACCGGGGUUGUCGUUCAACUUGACGUUUUUGUACGACGAUGUUAAUGAAAAGCCGGCUUGUAAUGCGAAAAUGAUAUUUGUUGCUUCUAGGAAAACGUCAACCCCAUGCUAUCAAGUAUGCGAAAUUGAGCUGGAUAUAUGUGCACAAAAAACUCGCCUGGUUACUUUAUAA